AUGACAACACAAUCAUUCCGAUCCGCCGUUAAAGAGUUUGUGCUUCUUUCAAAAGACAACCAUCCCGAAGGUAUUGGUAGACUACUGCUGAUUCUUGCAAACUCCGCCAAUGAUACCCAAAUAUACUCGUCUACUUUACCAAUCUUGGUUGAUUUGUAUUCCUUCAAUCCUUCUCCAAGCCCCGAUGAUAUUAUCAAGUCAAAUCUUUUGCACGAAGUGAUGGUCUACUUAGAAGGGCUAUACACUCACGAUAAACAAGAUAACCUUGAUAUUAAAGAAGCAACGUUAUUGUUUGAAAAAUUACAUCCAAAGUUGUCUUUGGAAGGGAAAAUGAGAUUGUUAAAGGACUAUAGACUUGCCGAAUAUCUCUGGGGUAUCAUGACCAACGAGGAUCCUGAUCUUAUUGGUCCUUACAAAAAAUUGUUCAACUUGUAUUUUGGUAAUGCAGUUUAUCGGACAAAUGCCCUUGACCAGUGGAUCAUUGAAACAUUUAUGAUUCCAGUAUUAAAGAAUCCCUCCAAUCUCCAAAGCAUGUAUCUUUGCUUUGAACUCUUGUCAAAAUUGCAUUCCAAUGUUAUCCCUGAUACCAAGUUAGCUGUCAUUAUUUGUGAUCUACUAAAACCGAUAUCUUUAAAGUAUCCUAGCUCAACCUCUAAGGCAUUAGGCUUGUUCAAAAAACCCAAAGCUCCAAAACCAACAUUCCAUCUGACCCCAGUGAUCAUAGGCGUAUUACAGUAUUUGUCAUGUUUGUUUGAUGCUCACAAAGAAUCCAUUGGAGCUCUUGUGGAGAUAGAAGUCUCUACAAAACUACGGGAUUGGGUGUGCUACCUUUCCCAAGAACUCAAUUCCUCUUUUGAAAUCCAAUAUCAUCUUCAGUACUUUCUCCAUUUCUUCUUGAUAACCAAUCCAAAUUUGAAUAUGGAGAUGGUCAGGCAAUUAUUAGCGUCAAAUAUUUUUAUUAUCCGAGAAUUGUUUGAUAUGUAUAAAAAUCAAACGGAUCCCAUGGUCCGCCAAAGCGAUUACCCAAAAGAUAUUUUGGUGGUUAGGAAUUUUGAAUUCCUUUAUCUUCGUGAACGCCAACGGGUAUGGAAAUCUGGGGAGGAUGAAAACAGUACUGACCAAAGAAUUGAUAUCGCGGAAUUCAUAAACUACCUCUUAGAUAAUUGGAAAUCAGCCAAUAUCACUAAUAAGGAGCAGGUGCAGGCCAUGACUGAUUUACUUGACUUUUGUUUGCCAAAGAUUCCUCAAAAUAAAAAAAGGUCUUUGGUCAAUAAAUUAUUCAUCAUUCUAAAUAACGAUAACCAAGAACUUAAACUUCCGGUAGCCAAUUUCUAUCGUGCUCAUUGUGCAGACAAUGAGUUUUCCAAGAUGAUUGAUGACACAGUUUUUUUUUUUUAUGUUGCAAAAAAGAUGGAAAAAUUAAAGGACGUGCUCCAGAAAUCUAAUGGUAAAGAGCAGAUUCUCUGUGAAGAGGACCGAGUAGAGUUCUUCUUCAUAUCACAGUAUAUAUUGAGACAAUCUACUGCGCAACAUAAAAGGUUACAUGAUACGUUGUGCCACGGUGAUUAUCUCAAUUUCUUUGUCCCCAAGAUCAUAGAAUUGCAGAAUGAGGAUGCCAUGAGGUUGAUGAAUGCUUGCGUGGGAUUAUCACUUGCCAGCUUCGAACUAAAUGAAGAAUACUACUCUACUUUUUCAACAUUGCUUGCGGGGGCUGAAGAUGAAUUUAAAAGACUCAUUUUAAUGUUCCUCGCAAAUGUCAUCAUACAGUCUAAAAGGCUGGAUCAUUUGAUCAGUCAUCCAACGUUUUUAAUGGAGAUUUAUUCUUUGGCGUUAAGUUCGGAAAACGACGAUGUGAAAUUUAAUGCCUAUAAAGUUCUCAACGUUCUUAUUAUGUUUAUUGGUGCUGAAAAACGAGAAAUCUUGAAUGAAAUUGUGAAAGAAUGGGAUUUUUUCAACGUUUUGCUCGUUCCGGUCCUUGAAGAUUCCCAAUCUUUUUUACACGAAAAAGUGUUCUUUAUUCUAGAGAACCUUGGCAAAAAUGGGGGGUUUGAACAAGAAUUUGAAGCCACCAAUGCCAUUCCCUUGAUGGUGGAUUAUUUUUGUACUAGACCUGGAUAUCGAAAAUAUUUCAUUCUAUUUAUUCGUGGUUACUUUGAUAAAACUGGAGCCAAUGUUUCUGCAAAGAGUAUAUGUUUAUACAAAGCUAAUAUUUUUAAGACUCUUCCUGUGGUGAUAGAAUUAUUAAAGCCAGUGAUAGCACAAAAAAAUUUUGCAGAGAAUAUUUCGAUGUUAGAGUAUCUUUGCCAAUUCUUUGGUACCAUCUUAGAUAAUCACCCAAUCUGUGUCAAAGAUAUCCCCACUGAGCAGAAUAUUGAUAUUUUUUCGAUUACGUUUCAAACUAUCAAUUCGGCACCAACAUCGAUUGUUGAUAAAAUUAACAUCAAAUACUUUGUCUUAUUGUGGAGAGGAUUAGAUCUUGCCAAAAUUCCUGCAGCCGAUAUGGAUGAUUUUUGGAAAACCUUAUUAAGACUAUUUAAUGAUUGUUUGCCCAAGGCUUGUUGUGAUGAUGAUACAUUUGACCAAGUCAGUAAGUCUUGUGCGGAGCAAGUCAUCCAAGGUAUUAUUACCAUCGUUACUAAGUACAUUGGUGACACUCCUAAUAAAUCAAAGGAUUCAAGGGCCGCUUAUUAUUUCUUGAAACCAAUGUUGACACUUUUAAGCAAAGACGUCCCAUUGCUGCUUACUGUGAGCAUCUGGCAGUUUUUCUACAAAGUGAUUCGUGACAGAGAGAAUGACACAAUUGUGAAGUUGUUCUUUGAGAAUAUGACAGAAGCGGUUGUUCCUUCGUACAGAUCAGUCAUUAUGAUAAGACAUCUUUGGGGUGAGGAUUCCGUAGCCACGGCAACCAUUUCGCUUUGUUGGAAGGUGGUGACUUACUAUCCUAAUACGGUUUAUGAAACAUAUAUCUUUGAGGAUUUUGGGGUCAAUGAACUGAUGGAUCGGUUAAAGGAACGAUUUAAAGGUGAUGUUAAGACGAUGAAGAGGUUAAAAGAUAUUGAAGAUAUGGCUUAUAAAGAUUAUUAG